AUGGCCACCCCGACGCCCAUGAAGCACGCGCCCUCACAGCAGGGACGCACUCCGUCGCAGUUCGCGGCCGCCACCCCUCCCGUGUCCACUCCCUUCUCCAACGCCGCCCAGGCCGCCUUCUCCCCGCGCGGCCCGAAAUCCUCCCCGCAGCAGGUCAAGAAAUCGCCCGCCACGUCCAGCCUGCUGGGCCACUCGGCCGCCAUGGGGGCCUUCAACUUUGACAGCCCUUCCACCGCGGCCGCCAUGGGCGCUCUGGGCAUGGGGGCCGGCUUCGACAUUGCGCUGGACAAUGUCGGCGUCGGCGUCGGCGUCGGCGUCGGCGGGCUGGAUGCCAUCGGCGCCGCGCUCGCCAACGAAGACGACAAGCUCAAGCGGCUCGACACCAUACUGAAGAUCCUGAGCGCCAGUCGCGGGCUCGUAAGCGAGGCCGGCUUGGAGCGCCUAGCGCAGCAGAUUGGCCUUGAGCUGCUGUCCGAGGAGCAGCGGACGCCCGGCGGACGCAAGACGAGGACGCUGGCCAUUGCCGGAUCGGCCGUCGCCCUCGACAUCGUGCUGGACAACAACAUCGUCCAGAGCGUGACGCUCUCCUACCACGGCUCCGCCCCGUCCGUGUCCAGGCACAUGGACGCUGCGGGCCGGAUCCUGCUGCAGGACCUGACCCUGGCCCCGGGGCAGAGCCCCCUGACCAAGUCGCUUCGUAGCUUUGCCUCGAAUUUCGAGCGUCUGGCCGGCCUGGAUAAGCUCAGCAUCGUGCCGGGUCUGGAUUGCCACGAAGCCCUGGCCGGCAUCUACGCCAGCUUGGAGAGGCUGUACCAGUGGGACAUGUCCAAGCUGCGCGACGAGCAGGCGGCAAAGGGGAAACCCGACCACUACCUGUCCGACAUGGCCAUGUGCUCGAGACACGGCAGGCCGGUGAUGCACGAGAGAGGCACGGUCGGCCUUGCCAUACAGUAUUGGAAAGAGCGCAGGUUUGCGGUGCCGCCUGCUGACGAGCCUACCCUGUCUGCUGCCAAGAAGGACGGGGACAGCGGCAGGGACAGCGACAGGGACAGCGACAGGGUCUGGUCUCUCCUCUUGGGAUGUGCGCCGCUGGAUGGCAGCGGAGUGCCCCCGGUGCGGGUGUCGGACAACUGGCUCUCGAAAGACAUCACCAAGGAGGACGCCGCAGCCGGGCCGGCCAAGACGGUCCUGGACUGGCAGGAGCCGGAAAACGUGUCGCUGCCGCAGUCCGACGACAACAAGGACGCCGGCAUGGACCUGCUGCAGCCCGACCUCUCCACGACGCGGGUGCCCCGGGUCAUGUUCACCGUCACCUUCGACCCGCCCGUGGUUCUUCCCCAGAACGACUGGGCCCGGCUCUACAUGUACGCCAGCGUCAACCCGCCCAACCCCCACAGCGACAUGGGCCAGCAGCGCGGCCAGCCCGCGUGGCCCCCAACCUAUGACAGCCUCCUCUUCCCCUUCCCGUCCGGCGCCAAGGUCGAUCCCAGCGAGUCCCGAGCCAUCUGCCGCCGCCGCCGAGUCCGCGUCUUUGACCGGCACCACGUCGCGCGGGUCAAGCACCACCGCAACACCCUCUUCGUCUACAAGCCCAUCUACUCGCAGACCGUGCACGAGAUGCCCUUUUCGCACCCCCGGCAGCUCCUCGACAUGCUGCCCCUGCUGCGGCAGCACGCCUUCCUGGCGAUCCUCCUCGAGAACAGCUUCGGCUCCAGCACCACGCCCUCCGACCCGCCUCCCGCCGCGUCCGACGCCACCACAAAGGACCAGCUAUCCGCGUUUGUGAGCGGCAGCGGCGAGCCAGCGCGGGCGCAGGCGCAGGAGACGGCCGCCGACGGGCCCGACGACUCCGCAAACCUAGACGUCAUCCUGUGGGUUCACCCCGUGCCGCACCUCCAGGUCGUUUUCCCCAUGGGCGCUGCGACCGCCAACGUCUCCCUCAAGAUCCUGGAAGGCGGCGUGGUGGACGUUGUCGACGAGAACAUCCUGCACCGCGUGUCGGCGCGAAAGGACGUUACGCGGGAGAAGAUGGGCAAGGUGCUCGAGCACAUGGAGGACCUGUGCAAGUGGGCGGAAUGGAUCCGCUCGAGGUUAUGA